CCGUUCAUUGUGAGCCAGUGCUGUCCCCUCCCAUGCUGUUAGGUUUUUCCGAGAGGACAUUAUUUGUUUGAAGUGAGCCGAGAGUCUACGGACACGUUUUUUUCCUUCUGCCGCUCAUCUCAAUCAAGAUGGACUGUGUUCAUUUUCGUUGGUUUGUAGAAAUCCCGAUAUCAGUGUUUGGAAUAUCACAUUUAAGCGUGGCACCCAAAGGACAUCGUCGAAAGGGAGAAAUAAAAUGGCAGCUGCGAGGGGCAGUGUUUGCAUUUAUAUUUCUUUUUACUCUUGUCAGUCAUGCGGAGGCACAGAUAAGGUAUUCGAUCCCUGAGGAGAUGAAGAAAGGAUCCCUUGUUGGUAACGUCGCACAGGAUCUUGGUUUGGAUCUGAGGAGGCUUCGUUCUGGUCGGGCCCGUAUCGUGGGUGGUGAAAACCUCCAGUUCACCGAGCUGAAGACAGACAAAGGGACUCUGGUCGUGAAUGAGAGAAUAGAUCGAGAGCAGCUCUGCGGUGAUGUGACACCGUGUAGCUUCACCUUUGAAAUUAUAUUAGAAAAACCAAUGGAGCUGCACCCCAUAACAAUAGAAGUUUUGGACGUCAAUGACAACGCCCCUACUUUUCAAAACAGCCAUUUGGAAUUUGAAAUAAGCGAAUUAGCUGCGCUCGGUUCACGUUUUGCAUUAGAGAGUGCGGAUGAUGCUGACGUGGGGCAAAAUGGUCUGCAGAGCUACAUUUUGACUCCCAGCGUUCAUUUUGUUUUGAAAGAACACGUUAAUCCGGACGGCAGUAAAUAUGCCGAAAUGGUACUUCAGAAACUGUUAGACAGAGAGCAACAACCACACCUGUCUCUAAAGCUGUUGGCUGUGGACGGAGGAAACCCACAAAGAUCUGGUACAGUAAAUAUAAAUGUGAUUGUUAUCGAUGCCAAUGAUAAUGCUCCUGUGUUUAAUCAGUCUGUUUACAAGACGACAGUGAUUGAAAAUGCUCCAAAAGGCACCCCUAUUGUUACUGUGAAUGCAAGCGACCAAGAUAGCGGCUCAAAUGGAAUGAUAAAAUACUCCAUUUCAAAAUCAAAAGCUGGAAUGGCGGAUUUAUUUUACAUCGAUCAGUCGACAGGGAAAAUCUACGUAGCACAAGAAAUAGAUUUCGAAAAAGAUAAGAAGAUUGAAUUCAGGGUAGAAGCUAAAGAUCAGGGCGGACUGACAAAUUCAAGCAAAGUUGAAAUUGAGGUGAUUGACGUCAAUGAUAAUGCCCCGGCUAUUAACGUUGUGUCCUUCACUAGUCCUGUAUCAGAGGAUUCCCCACCAGGUACAACUAUUGGCAUAAUUAAUGUUAAAGAUCUUGAUUCAGGUGACAAUGGACUUGUUAACUGUCGAAUUGAACAAAAUGCACCUUUCAAGAUUAAGUCCAGUUUGAGGAAUUACUACUCUUUGGUCACAGACACUGUAUUAGAUCGUGAAAGUGUUCCUGAGUAUAACAUCACUGUAUUUGCGACAGAUGCAGGUCUUCCCCCUCUCACCACAAAAAAGACCUUUCAUUUGAAGGUCUCUGAUGUGAACGAUAAUGCUCCUGUGUUUCCAAAAGAUAGUUAUAGUGCGUUUAUUACAGAGAAUAACUCUCCAGGAGUGUCUGUUAUCACACUGAGGGCAGAAGAUCCGGACGAAAACCAAAACGCCCGGGUAUCCUACAUCCUGGAAAAUAGUAAUAUCGGCGGGGCUCCAGUGUCUGAUUACGUUUCGAUAAAUGCAGAAAGCGGGGUAGUGCACUCUGUGCGCUCGUUUGAUUAUGAGCAAAUUAAACAGCUGGUUUUCGUCGUCAAAGCUCAGGAUGGAGGCUCCCCUCCACUCAGCAGCAACGUGACAGUGAAACUAAUUAUCCAGGACCAGAACGACAACCCCCCUCAGGUCCUGUACCCGGUCCAGACUGGUGGCUCUCUGGUGGCUGAGAUGGUGCCUCUCGCAGCAGAUGUGGGCUAUCUGGUGACUAAAGUGGUGGCUGUGGAUGUGGACUCUGGACAGAAUGCCUGGCUGUCGUAUAAACUGCAGAAAGCCACAGACAGGGCGCUGUUUGAAGUGGGCUUACAGAAUGGAGAAAUCCGAACUAUCCGCCAAGUGAGUGAUAAAGAUGCUGUGAAACAAAGACUGACUGUGAUAGUGGAGGACAACGGGCAGCCGUCUCGUUCAGCUACAGUCAUUGUGAACGUGGCGGUGGCGGACAGCUUCCCUGAAGUGCUGUCAGAGUUCACUGACUUUACACACGACAAGGAGUACAAUGACAACCUGACUUUUUACUUAGUGCUGGCUUUGGCUGUAGUGUCCUUCCUCUUCAUCACGUGUUUGGUGGUCAUUAUAUCAGUGAAAAUCUACAGAUGGAGACAGUCUCGUAUCCUGUAUCACUCCAGUCUUCCAGUGAUUCCCUAUUAUCCUCCACGUUACUCAGACACUCUGGGCACAGGGACUCUUCCACACGUGUACAAUUACGAGGUGUGCAGGACGACUGACUCGAGAAAGAGUGACUGUAAGUUCGGCAGAGCUGGUAGUCAGAACGUGCUGAUAAUGGACCCCAGUUCAACAGGGACCAUGCAGAGGAUACAGAGUGAGAGGAGCAUCCUGGACGAACCAGACUCUCCACUAGAGGUAUUUAAACAAUUGACAUUUCAUUGUUUUUGUUAUAUUAUAUAGAAAUCCGUGCAAUGCAUUCGACACCUUCAUCUUCACAUUCAGCACCAUGGACAGCCCCGUUUCUUCGGUUUAUGGGCCUUGAUAGGAUUUUACUUCAUUUCAAGACUGCAUAUAUUCAAGACAUAUAUUUUUUUAAUUAAAGUUAGUUACAAAUAUUUUCUGUCCCCAACUGCAUGUAGGACUCAAAGUU